AUGGCAAACCCAGUGACAAGCUUGUCAGCAUUACUGCGGAAAAUAAACAUAGAAGACGAUGAAGAAGCGCUAAAUGCUGCCGAUGCAGUAUUGGAAACUUCGCCGCAAAACCUCGAUGCUCUUCAUACCAGAGUCGUUGCCCUUAUCAAACUUGAUCGAUUCGAAGACGCCCUGCAAGCUCUUGAAGAGAGUGGGGAGAAAGUUGCAUCUCGAUGCUUACUAGAAAAGGCUUAUGCUCUCUACAAAACAGGCCGGCAUUCCGAAGCAGAACUACUUGCAGAAAGUAAAUACAGUCGGGGCCUGAAGCAUGUUGCCGCUCAGGUUGCUUAUCGAUCAGAAAAAUUCGCUGCCGCGGCACAGCACUACCGUGACCUAAGCUCUCAAAAAUCUUUGGUGGAAGGCGAGGAUAACGAUAUUAAGAUCAACACUCUCGCUACAGACGCUCAGCUUGAGUGGCAGAGCGGAGAUGAGAAUAUGGAAUAUUGGCGGGAAUUACCUGUUUCGGGAGAACUCGACACAUUCGAGAUAUCAUACAAUUUGGCUUGUAGAUUUAUCGCGCGCUCUGACUAUGAGACUAGUAGCGUUCUCCUUGAGAAGGCCAAGGACUUGUGUGAAAUCUCUGAGGAGAUGAGCGACGAUGAGAAAUUGGCGGAACUAUUACCAAUAAUGAUACAGCAGGCCUACGUCUUUGUGAAGCUCGGAGAACUAGAUAAGGCGAAAAGUUUAUGUAAAUCAAUCAACAUUUCAGAUGUCCCAGAACUCUCGACUAGAGCUAUUGCUCAAAAUAACGCCUUAGCGAUCCUCGGUUACGAAAACCCGUACAUAGCCCAGAAGACUUUUGAUUCAGUUCUUAAUCUACCCAAAGCUGAGAAGUAUUUCUCUCAUCAGGCCAAUAUCAUACAGCGCAAUAAGUAUGCCAUCAAUUUGCAAACCUUCAAAUACCCUGGCGUAGCUAGAUCGACUGCUCAAUUGAUUAAGACGUCGUCCCCCACAAUCUCCCCUCACUUAAACGCGCUAUCCGUAUUACAUGCUGCAGCUUGUUCUGAGAAUGGUACGGGAAAGCCCAUUCUUAAGGUCAUACCUAACCUUCUGCAUAAGCGGCCGAAUGACGUCGGACUUGUACUUCUCUCUGUUCAGCUAUAUAUUCAAUCCAAUAAUAUCGGGAAAGCAACCUCUACAUUGGAGAUAUUUUUCAAGAACCUUGAAGAAUCUAUUGAUCCUGCGGAUCAGGAUGUUAGACAUGCACCAGGUCUCGUAGCUCUUAUAGUAACCCUAUAUCAGCUUUCAGGCCGUAAAAGAUCAAUCAAACUCGAACUGUCAAAGGCCGCGUCUCACUGGCGUCGUAAAAAUCGACCGCCAUUAGGACUUCUCCGUGCUGCUGGUGCGUCGUUACUUCAAUCCCAUGAUCCAAAUGAUCUCACGAUGGCCCAUGAAAUUUUCUGUUUCUUGCGAGCCCAAGAUCCAAGCGACACCUUUGCCAUCGCUGGAUUCGUGGCUUCAAGCCUAACCAAAAAUAUUUCUUUAGAGUCGUCUGACCUAGAAAAGUUGACUUCGGUGUCAGAACUUAUAUCGGAGGUUGAUGUGGCUGCAUUAGAAAAGGCAGGGGUACCUAGCCUGCCCACCACCUCAGUACAAGUUAACAAGAAACGUAAUAUCGAAGAAGUAAAUUUGCCCGCGAAGAAGCGAAAACUAAGCAAGAAACGGACGCCAAAAGAUUUUAUUGAAGGUAAGAAAAUGGAUCCUGAACGGUGGCUUCCCAUGAGAGAUCGUAGCUACUAUCGUCCUAAAGGGAAGAAAGGGAAGAAGAAGGCUUCAGAGUUUACGCAAGGUGGAGUAGUCAAAGACCAGGAUGCUCUUGAUCCAGCUAUUGUUACGAAGAGCGAGAAGCCAAAUGCAAAUAAGAUGAAAAAGAAAAAGGGCCGAAAGUAA